AGUUCUGCCGGUUUAGAGCAAAACAGACACUUUCUCUUGAUCUGUCAUCAUUGCAAGUGCAGCAACAGGCAGGACUUGUGAGUUCCCCUUGCGACAUAUAUGCACAGUUUAAAGAUCAUCACAACGCCUGUUUGGGUUAUUGGAUGUCAUAUAUGAUUGGAUUUAGCAGAUAUGAUUUGUGAAACACUGCUUGGUCCUCCGAGAGCUGUCACAGUCCACUCAUCCGUGAGUAUUGCUUUCUAGCGCCAGUUUUAUGGCAAAAGGCUUUCGCAGGACACUCCCCCUAAAACCUUGGACGUGGAUGUCUGCGUCUCUGAUUGGUUGUGGAGCCCCGACCGACGACACCUGCUUAACUCCUUCAUCCAAAUUGACACCCGGGGCUCCGAGAAAUAUAGGCAGCAUCCCUCCCAGCUCGCGCACUCAGUCCCACGGCUGCCCCAUCACACACCAAGCCGCAGCUACUAGCGCUGAGCUCGGAUCCAAGGUGAACCCUCUCUCUCUCUCUCUCUCUCUCUCUCUCUCUCACACACACACACACACACACACGCUGCCGGAUCGCUGCUGGGACUCGAAGCGCACAGUCGGGAGACGAGAUGUUGGUCAAAGUGGCCGUGGCUCUGCUGGUUUUGUCGGUGCUGGAGCAAGUAGUGGGGUCGGAUAAUUCUGAUAUUCACGACAGCCCCCCGGAGAAGCCUGCGAGCCAGAAAGGACGCCUCUCCCUGCAGAACACAGCUGAGAUCCAGCACUGCCUGGUGAGUGCAGGGGAUGUCGGCUGUGGUGUGUUUGAGUGCUUUGAGAAUAACUCCUGCGAGAUACGAGGGCUACAGGAAAUCUGCAUGACGUUCCUGCACAAUGCUGGCAAAUUUGACUCUCAGGGGAAGUCCUUCAUCAAGGAUGCGCUGAAAUGUAUGGCACACGGGCUGCGGCACAAGUUCAGCUGCAUUAGCAGGAAGUGUGUGUCCAUUAAGGAGAUGGUGUUCCAGCUCCAGAGGGAGUGCUACAUCAAGCACAACCUGUGCUCCGCUGCGAAGGAAAACGUGGCCGUCAUGGUGGAGAUGAUCCAUUUCCAAGAUCUCUUCCCUAAAGGUCCAUAUGUGGAGCUGGUGAAUAUUCUCCUGAGCUGCGGGGAGGAGGUGAAAGAGGCACUGACACGGAGCGUCCGGCUACAGUGCGAGCAGAAUUGGGGGGCCCUGUGCGAUAGCCUGAGUCUCUGCUCCUCCCUAGCCCCAUCUCCCGCUGGCUCCGCCGUUGAACAGCACCGUCGCCCGUUGCCCUCCCAACCUGAGCCGGAGCACCCUCGCCCCCCGCGGCAAGGCGACAAAGACAAAGCCGCUAAGGUGGGGUACAACGCCCACCCGCGCAACCGCAGUCAGGGACCACGGCGUCAGAGUCCAGAAGCCGGAGUGGUGGCUGACCAGGAAGACCCCGAGGCCACCGACAUCCGGAGGUGAAAGUGCAGGGGACUGUCCUGACUUUGACCCCCCACUCCAUUUAAAAAACACACUUGCAGACUUGUGCAUACCCCUACUCUCACUCACUCUCUCUCUCUCUCUCUCACUCUCUCUCUCUCUCUCUCUCUCACUCUCUCUCUCUCUCUCUCUCUCUCUCUCGGUCUCUCUCUCUCUUUCGCUCUCUCACACACAUACAUACACACAUGCACACACACAAAUUCCCAGACAGACUGAGCAGAAGGAAACACGCCCCGAUCUUUCCUGUCCUUAUUCCACCCUCUCCAAUCAUUCCAGCAGUCCCACGUGUUAAACUUGCAGGGUAAUUGUGGUGUAGCUUGUAAUAUUAUGCCAGACUGUAGGCCACAAUUUUUUUUUAAAUUGAGUAAUAAUUGUUAUCAUCAUGAUUAUUUCAGCUGUUAGGACUAUUUGGGCUCUAAUAUAGCAUUUCUUGAAUCAUACUUACGGUAAGAUUUGAUUAUAUUUGUAUUAUUUAUUUUAUUCUUUAUGCAAUGUUGGAAUAUCAAAAUGUACAUAGAAAUAUACAUAUCUAUAUUUAUAUAAACAUGUAUAAAUAUAGUUACAAUAUGCAAUACUGAUAUACUAUAGAUGACAUAGUAUAUGAUGUGCUGUCUGUUGUUCUCUUCACAGUAUUGCACCCAUCACUCAUUGGUCUGUAGAUAUGUAAUAUACACCAUUUGUUGUUUCAAAGUGGGAAUGUGUAUUAUAAUUAUAGAUACUUGAUGAUUAAAUACAAAUUGUACAGGUUUCAAGUCCAGUUCUGGCACAUAUGAAUUGUAGUGCAUGAUGGCCACCAAGCCAACACACUUGUGCAUUCAUAAAGUGAAAAUCCACUCUAAAGAGGAUGCAAAUGUAAUACUAUGAAUAUGGACGGUGAUUUCACCCUUUGUACGUAUUGAUCAUGAAGCUAGAAACAAUGAGAGCCAAGACGGAUUUCUGUGAGGCUAUCAAGCGCGGCUGUCUGGGCCACCAAUGAAUGGGAGAGUGACAUAGCAGACACGGUUUCAUUGACUCUUUCUGUUUCAUAUAGUGCUUCUCUGAUAUGUGUCUCAUUUGGAUGUGAUAAGUGUCCCGGUCGUCGUUGAUGGAGCCGUAGAAUCGGUGUCUCCGUGACAUUGCAGAUCAAUGGCGUGUUUAGCUUCAGGACGCGUUAUUGCUCUUGGUCACAAAUAAUAACUGAAAAGUCAAACGUUACAUAUUCUCUCUGAUUUUCUGUCGGUGAACUGCAGCAAAGAGAGGAGAUAUCCAAUCACGUUUUGAUGCUAAGCUCUUUUAAAAUGUAAAGAAAAUCACACACAUCAAGGUGCCUAAACUUGUUAUUGUCCACAGUGACCGCUUCUCUGUGAUUUAAGCGAAUGGGUGAUACUAUGUCGCGGGGAGAUUCAAUGUUGAGCUAUUUUACAAUUAUGUUGAGCCACAAAAGUCUUAGCUAUUGCACUUUGGAUGAUUGUAAGUUUGUGUUGGACUGCUGCGGGCUGAGAAAUGAGACCAGGUUGACAGAGCAGUCACAUUUGACGCAGCCUGUUUUUUUUCUUAUCAACGACAGCACCAAGCCCCAUAUCCCCACAUGCCCCUUAGGACCAGACUGAGCCCCUUCUUUAAAAGGGCCGUGCUACUUUGUCCCAGUGGCCAGGAAAAGAGGCUUGACAGAAAUCCUCCAGAUCUCUGGCCCCUCUAAAUUAGCCCUUAUUCCUCUCUGGUCCAUUACCUAGGUCAGGAGAGACAUGAAGGCCUGUUAUUCUACCCGUUAGAGCCGCAGGCAACGCAGCGAGGACCCAGGAACUGGGUUAAGUCCACACGCGGAGGCUCUGGUGCUGUUAUUCUAAAUGUUAUAUUUACCGAGGCCACCAGAGAAUUCCUCUGGGCUCCAGCCAAGAGCCAGCAACACAGCGAGGCAGAGGGGAGCGCAGCUAGAAGGACAGAGAAAUACUCAACUUUUUUUUUAUUUUUCGUAAUGAGUGACACUGAUACAGUGAUACUUCUCUUAGAACUCUUCUUCUCUUCCUCCUUCAGCUCACAGACACAAGCCUUUUUGGCCAUUUCAAGCCAGUGCCGUUCUUUAGCUGUGGAAGAGCUAUUUGUGAGCACAUCGCACCACACGCUGAGGAGCGCUUAGUGCAAGAUGAAAGUAAAACAUGCUCAGAUUUUGUGGCUCAGUUUCUGGAUUUUCCCUUAGGUUUUCCCUUAUAUACAGUAAGUUAAUGUUUUUACUUCCAAUCCUUUAGAGAACAUAAGCUCCAAGGAUUUGAAUCAUCAGUGAGACCUUCAGGCUUUUUUUUUUUUUUUUUCUGUUGUGGAAGUUGGGAUUCCUGUGGCAUCCCAGCACAAGACAUAAGCUAAUCCUAUUAAGAAUGUACUGUAUGUGUGUAAAGUGACAAUCUGUUCAGCUGUCUGUCAUUAUGUUCGACAUGGCCUUUUGUAACAAUGUAGUGGCUUGAAUGGCUUUUCUUCGUGUGUUCAGAGGAAAAUAAAACUAACCACGUUUCCUGUAUUGCUAGUGCUUAAUCGUCACGUUGCGUGUUUUCCUCUGUUGAGCACAAGGACUGCUUUCACUGUUGAAAAUACAAAACAUGGUCCAGACGUUUGUCACUCACCUGUAACACGUCGGGCAUACGAUCCUAUUAAUACCUUUGGACUCAUGACAUCAGCUGUAUCUUGUUAUUAAAAUAUUUUUGUCUGUA